AUGACAAUGGAUUCAUUGCCACCAGAGAUAUUUCUCAAAAUAGUCUCUCUGGUCAUCGUCAAAGAGGAACGACUGACCAAAUAUGCCACGAUAUCUCGAGCAUUCCAGCGUGCAAUAGAAGAGCGUACAUUCUCACAUUUGUCUUUCUCCAACGAUGAUUUAGACAAAUUCAAGUCAAUUGUUCUUGAGUCAUCGUACACACAUCGCCGUGCAGCUGUCAGGCGUGUAAAAUUCAGCAUCCAUCUUCCGGACUACGACGACAAUGCCUGUGGACGUUUCGAGAGACAAGCAGAUAGGGAUAUCAACGACAAGGCCUUCAGUAGAGCGAUGGCAGAUCUCUUCUCCACACUGGCAACCAUCGAUGCUGGCGACGGCUCCAGGCCUAUUGAUCUACAUCUCCUAAACUUCUAUUCUUCCAUGGAUAUUACUCACCGAGACAAGGAGCAAUUGGAGGCAGACCAGAUGGCCAGCAGCAUAGGGAAAAGACACGAUCUCUUCGAGCUCCGCUACCGGGAUUCGUAUCUGCAACUACUUGAUCCUGAGAAUCUGCCUCUAUUACACAACGUGACAUCCUUGACUAUACGUGGUGAGACCGCGCGCAAGCUAGCACCGUCAGUCACCGCUGGACUCAUAUCGAGACUACCCAAUCUCGACACUACCGAGUGCUCGUUCUGGGAUAUGGAGAGACGACGACCAGAUAAGCGGAGACAACUGCGUUCAGAAUUCUCAAAGCAACUGAGUCAACUCGCGCCUCCCAAGAGUCUCAAGAAGUUCAAUCUACAUUUGAUCAACAGAGAACCGGUCAAUGGAAAGUUCGUCGAUGGAGAUGUCCGCGGUGGUUUCUAUUCACCCGAUGUUGAUGAUAUUGCCUCGUCGUUGCGGAUGUUUUCACAGUCGGCGCCUUGUUUGACUAACCUCAAGCUAAGUGGUCCGAUUUCUGUAGGUCCAGAUCUCUUCUGGCCAUCAGAAGGAUCCGUACAGGAGCAGCAAUGGCGAGCGCUAAAAGUAUUCACCGUCGAGCUCAGUGCAGUCAGACCCGACGGCGGCUGGUAUACAGAGCUGGACCCCAACCGUGACACAGGAUCCUCCGAUGAAGAAGAAGAAGAUGGAGAGGACGAACACAUAGACAAUUCCUCCGACAUUGCCCACAAAGUCAGCCGCAGCGAGGACUCUUCAUCGGAUUAUGAUUAUGAAGAUUCCUUCUUCAUCAUGGACCAACUACCGCCAGACUCUUACGGCUACGAGGACGAGAAACGCGAUGCCCGUCUCAAUGGCGAAGAGCCAUCUACCUCAAACUUCCGCACGAAACCUGCUCCAGAGCUUGAAGCCUUCUUCCUAGCAGCUGCACGCGCAGCCUCGCAUAUGCCCACUUUGAAAGUCAUGAGCGUUAGCCACAAAAUUCGUCCCAGUGGGAGAACGGGAAGAAGGUUUCAGCAAUUGGGUUUCCGGUACAUGGCUGCAGAUACCAAACACCCAAGCGAUGAAGCUGGGGCGAGAGAAUUGAGACGGCUGUAUUGGAAUGUUCAUCGUGGUUGGCGUAUGAGUGAAGAACUAGAAUCACAGUGGACGUUACUCCUGGGCGACGAUGGCAUCGUCAAGUACAACGAGUGGUAG